ACCAAAAUGGCUUUGCAUUCUCCAGUCUGGUUCAAGGUCGCUGAAAAGAUGGCAGCCGUGGUGAGAUCCAAAAUCUAUUUCUCCUCGGUUGUUCGUUUCUCCGACCGUGAAUCUAUUGCCUGAACUAUUCAGCAAGCAGAUAAAUAUGGCUGACCCCAGACAAUCUGCCAGAGCUGAUGAUAAUAAUAUUGCUCUUGUUGACCUAACUGAGCACAACACAACACAGACUGGAGAUCCUGAGGAUCCUGAAUCUAUAUUGGCGUCAUUUCGUAAGGAAUGGCGCCGUGAAUUAGAGACCCAAGGGUCAUCACCAACACCUUUGACUCCUUCACGAAAUCGCCAAGGUCAACCAAGAUCUCCCCGUACUGCCCAGGGUCAAGAGAACAGACCAGAAACUACUGAUGUGAAGGAAACAGAUAGGCGCAGCUUAGACCAAGGAGAUGAAAUCCAUCCAGAUAUUGAGUCAAAAGCAGCAGAGUUGUUCAAUAAAGCUGUUGAACUAGAACAGAGUAGCCGUUUGUACGAAGCUAUUCAAUACUACAGGCGUGCUAUGACCCUUGUACCUGAUAUUGAGUUUAGAGUCCAUCAACAUAAUAUGCUUGAAAGGAAUGAAGGGUACCAUGGAACUGUGACAGAAACAGAAGAGCCCACCUGUGAAGAGGAGCUUCAGUGCGAGGAACUGCAAGACCUAGUUUCUUGUUUCCAGCACCUUAUGGCUCCUGCUCAAGCCAUGUGCGACCCUCAGUUUGAGCAAGAUGCUCCCCACAUAUCCUGUCUGCCUCCUGAGAUGUUGGAUCGCAUCAUGUGCUGGGUGGUUGGGAAUGACCUUGAUAUGCGAUCACUUGAGCAAGUUUCACAAGUUUGUCAUGGAUUUUAUCUCUUGGCACGGAACCCAGAAACAUGGCACAAGGCCUGUUUAAGAAUUUGGGGGAUUUCUUGUGGACUGCCCGGACCCUAUGGAUCGUGGCGAGAGAUGUUUAUCCAGCGUCCUCACCCACGCUACAAUGGUUGCUAUAUUUCUCGAACAACCUAUUUCCGACCAGGAGACUGUAGCUUUCAGGACCAGAGUAGCCAACCUUGGCAUUUAGUCCAUUAUUAUAGAUAUAUCAGAUUCCAUACGGAUGGCACUGUGUGCAUGCUAACGACCCCAGAGGAACCUGCAAAUGUCGUGGCUCAUUUGCGGUCUCAAGAAUGUCGAUUUUCGCAGGUAGUUCGAGGUCAUUACUGCAUUCAUGGCUCUAACAUCACCUUGCUUUUGAAGAAGCAAUCCAGGGAAAAAAUGUCUAACCGCUGGAAGGGUCGUCGGCAGAAGGGUGGAACAACUGAUGUUGCCGAGACCAUUUUCAAGAUAGAAUUUGAAAUUCGAGGUGUCAAGGGAAGACCUCACUGGCUGCUUGCCUGGAGGAACUACACGAUCUGUUAUGUGAAAUAUGACACAAAGCAGAAUGUCACAGAUGUUGAUGUGAAUGAUAGCAGCAAGUUUCCAUCUCUUGCAUUUUCCAGAGUGAAAAGCUAUUCGCAAAUAAGUGAGAUGCCCCUCACUUAGAAGGAGUGUUAUGAAAUCUACAUGACCUAAAGAAGUUUACUUUUAGAUGCAUAAUGAAGAGCAUUUAUUUGGACACCCGGAAUGUCACAUUCAGCUUCAUUUUGCAGUCUAGUCCUUUUUCUUUCAUAUUUUCAAGCACUUGGAGAAUAAUGCGAGGUCACUGAUGUUCCUCCAAGAAUAAGGUUGUGUUGAAAAAGCGAUGAUCCCAUGUUGCAUUUCUACCACAGUGUGCUUCAUUUCAAAAUGUAGGUACAAAAAGAGAGUUCGAAUAUCUUUAGCAUGUCAAGGGAGGCAUCGUGUUACAGAAUACAGUUCCUUUGUAGAUUUGGUAAAGGGUUGGUGUUAGGGUGUUUAAUACAAGAUUUAAGUUUUCCUUUUAAAGGUGAUUUUUCAUGUCUAUCUUAAGGAAUCAAUUUUGUAUUUGUCCCUGUGUGUUUUUCUGAUUUUGAAAAUACUUCUUUUGUAUCCUUUGAUUGUUUUUGUAAGGGAAUAAAUCCUUGUUGCUGGAUAAAACAAAGAAUCAUGUUAGUGCUAUUUUUGUUUUGCAGUCAGUUUGAAUUGUGGAACCUUAGGUUAUUAGGGAACCAUUACAAAUUUAGAUAAUUUCACUUGUUUUCCACUGUUUAUGUGUUCACAUGUUUAUUACUAGCAUACAUAAAUUCAAGAUUAUUAAAAGCAUUGGGUUUUAAUUUUUGAUUGUAUUAUACUUCAGCUAGCAUGGCUAAUAAUUUAUACACAGUACUUAAAUUGUGUUAUAUGUGAAGUAUGAAGCCUUUCCCAACAUUAUUACCAGCAAGAAAAAGGAGGCUUAAGAAAAAUUUGGGAUUUAAAGUUACUUAAGUAACAACCUUUUCACUAAUCAGAGAUCAUACCAUACUUUUGAGAGACUUAAUCUUCUUUCACAUUUCUCAAAAUAAUAGAAUGAUUGGAAACGUGGUUCGUGUAUAUUACAGCUGCAAUGUGGCUGUUUUCUAAAUAAUAAUUAUGUCAUUUUCAGAUACCAAUAAGGUAAUUUUCAGAUACCAAUAAGGUAGUUACUCAAGAGAAAAAUACUACAUGUAUCUUGCAUAGGUAUAUGUUGGACUUGGUACACCUUAAAUCUUUAUAGAUUAUUGUUGUUGUUUUAUGAAAUUUUAUUCACAAAAGUACUGUAUAUUAUUAUAAAUAUUAUUAGGUGAGUUAAGUGCAGAUUUUAUGAAGCAUACUGCAAACUUAUUGAACUCAGAGUGCUGUAUUUCGUAAAUUUCUUUUUACUUGGCACGAACGUGAAUUUGUGACUAAUGUGUAUAAUAAAUGUUAGGUUUUGCUUAAUUUGACUUUUAACUGAAUUUUAUAUGUUCAGGCCUAUAAAGGAAAAAGGUUUCAGUAAAAAAAUUACUGACUGAACAUUAAUUAUUUAAGAGUAGUAUGUACUCUCAAUAAUAUAAAGUACCAAAUAUACUUACUGAACCAGUCAUAAUUUGCCACAUGAGACAAGGAAAUGAAAAUUCUUGAAUUAAAUUUAACAUUUUAAGAGAUUAUGUUCAGGUGUAGGAUAUUAUUAGCCGAAGCACAAGUGCUUUUUUUGUUUACGUAUGUUGUCUUAGUGUACUAAGUACAAAGGCAAAAUAAAAUUAUAUAGUGGUCUGAAUACAGUAACACCUCAAUUUAUCAUACCUCUGUACCUAUCAGUGGAUAAUUGUCUUAAAUAGAAUGUUAAGUGUAAAGUACAGCUUAGUUCUGACUAGAAACUACAUGGAAUAACUGUUAGCUGUGGGCUAUAUAUUAUAGUUUGUUACUUAUCAGACUGUCACUUAUCUGGAAGUUAGACCACAGAGGUAUCUGAUAAGUUGAGAGGCUAUGGUCAGGUACUUUUAUGUGCAUAAUAUGAUUUUUCUGUCCUCAAAUCACUCAAAAACUUAUGAAUGACCUUUAAAUGAUGUUCGGUCAAUGGACUAUUUGAAUGAAAUUAUAAUUUCUCCAACAGAAACUACUUGUAGUUUUACACUAGAUUAUCUUCAGAAAUUAGCACAGACAUUCUGUUAUGGUUGUAGCAUAAUAUGUAAUGCCAAGGCAGAGUAACAAAAUCUAAUUAAUGAUUGUGAAUUCAAUAUGAAGCCAUAAGUUUGUGUAUGAUUUAUCAGGUAGUACAGAAUUAGUGUACAUUUUGUCAUGAUAACAUAUAUACUCAUUGUCUUGGAAUUAUGUCAUGAGCAGGGACUAAGAAUUUGCAAUUGGCAAAAAUCCCAAAUUCAGAUAUUUAACUACGUACAUGUAACAUAAAUCAUUGUUUUUCCUGAUACAGUACAUCUGUGUCAGAUGUUGCUUUCAAAGGAAUAUGGAGAAUUAUUACAUUUGAAAUUUUUCAGUGUUUCAUUCAAAUAUCCAUUUACAUACGUACUUAUACUGUUAGCAACAAUCUUAUGUGGUGUUGCCCCUAAAUAUCAGUUUUGACUAACAAAUACAUUGUUUGGGUAUUAUCAUAGUUAUUCAGUGAAGAGAGGGAAAUAUAGUAAUAGAAUUACUCUAAACCAACAUUUUGACUAACAAAUACAAUGUUUAGGUAUUACCAUAGUUAUUCAGUGAGAGAAAGGGCAAUAUAAUACUAAUAGAAUUACCUUAAACCAACAUUUUGUGUAUUUUUUGUCUCUAAUUGUGAUUGAAGAGCAGUGUAACUGCAUUUAAAAAAGAAUGUCACAUGUAAAACAGACAUUUGUUUUGGAAUGACAGUGGAAAAAAUAGUCAAUAUUCCUUGUACAAAAUUCAAUUUUUUGUUACAUCAAAAAAAGCUUCAGCUACAGUGAUAAUGCGGUAAAAGUAAGGAAAGUGCACGGCUUAUAAGCAUGAUGCAAAAUUUUGUUCAUUACUGUAUACUUAACUGACGGAUGCAAAGAAUUUGUGAUGCACAGAGUAUAAGAUAUUCACCUGAAUGAAUAAAGAUGUCCACAUCA